CCUGCUUGGCAUUUCUCAGGGAAUUUGGAGAAGAGGAAGAAGAGCCCAACUAGGUCUCCUUCUGUAGUGAAGUUACACUCCUUUAGAGAGCUCACCAUGGCCUGGCCUCUGGUUUUCCUAGCCCUUCUCAGCUACUGUGCAGGUGUGACUUCACAACCAAGUUUGACUCAGCCUGCUUCUGAGUCUGUGUCUCCAGGUGAAACUGCGAAACUCUCCUGCACCAGAAAUGGUGGUAGUAGCUGGGAUGCAUUUCAUUGGUAUCAACAGAAACCUGGGCAGGCUCCUCGCUUUCUGCUCUAUGGCUCCAGCACCAGGGGAGACGGAAUUCCAGAUCGGUUCACUCCUUCUUCCUCUGGGAACACCGGCUAUUUAAGUAUCACUAACAUCCAGACUGAAGAUGAGGCCGUUUAUUACUGUUCUGACUGGGAGUACAAUAUCUUGAAGGGGUAUGUCUUCGGCGGUGGAACCCAAUUGAAUGUCCUAGGUCAGCCAACAGUACCUCCAACAGUGAACGUCUUCCCACCAUCCCCAGAAGAACUGAAGAGCUCAGACAAAGCCACCCUGGUGUGUCUCAUGGAUGGCUUUUACCCAGGCACUGUCCAAGUUACCUGGCAGGCUGAUGGCACCCCCAUCUCCUCUGGAGUGGAGACAACCACGCCCACCAAGCUGAAUGACAAGUACGCGGCCAGCAGCUACCUCAGCAUGAAAAAGUCCGACUGGGAGAGCUAUGAGGCAGUCAUCUGCAAAGUGACGCAUGAAGGGAAGACCGUUGAGAAGGUGGUGAGGAGAUUGGACUGUGCCUAAAGGCUGGAUGGGUCUGAUGAGUUCCUCGUGCCUCCAGCAGCUGAGAAGAAAGAGUCCUUUCAUGUUCAAGGGGGCCAAGUUUAUUCUCUGAUUUCCUCUAAUGCUACGUUGAUCCAUCAAGUCUGGUUUCCUCCCUUAUGUCGUACCAUUCCCCACACCCCCCUUCCUCUUCUCCCUGGAAUCUCCUUUGUAUGUUGGCUUAUAAUGUUUGCAAAUUAAUAAAAUGUCAUACAUUUCA